AUGCCAACACUGAACACCCUCCGUAAGCGCUCCCGGUCUGCUGAGCCGGGUAAGGUAUCGUACCGCGCUCGUGGAAAGGGCACUGGCUAUGGAGGGUUUAUGGACUCCCUCGAGGGGCUUUGCGAGAGGGCCCAAAGACAGCCGAUCCUCGAUCAAGGGAGCCAUAUAUUUACAAAGGAGGACACGCAUGACAAAAAUGGGGGCCGGCUGCUAGUACAGCAUCUUCCAAGGAAGGACGGGCCCUCUACCGUCCCCUCCCUCCCUGCCACUACCCCGCUAUACGACAUCCUCAAGGACUCGACGUGUUACGAGUCCGGAUUGGACCGCGAUGACCAGGACUCCUGGAUAAGAAUCCUUGACGGCUCGUCACACAGACAGUUUGUGCAAGGGAAGCACAGGUUAACAGUCUGCCGACUGCUUGACCUCGAGGAACAUAGUGAGGGGGAUGAGGGCAAAUACUGCGAGGGGAGUGUGCCUUUUCUGUCGAUCACUGCGAGGCCACAUGGUGGGAAGGAUAUCUUUCUCGACAAUCAUGGACGGCAUUUUGCCACUGUUGGAUGGGAUGAUGCCAAAGCGCUGGACGACAUGUCCUUGCCGGACUGCUCAGCUGGACCGCAGGGGCGGGAAGACCCCCUCACACAAAGUUCUGAGAAAACGGCCAACGCGCUCAGCGUCGAAAUGGUGCAGCGAGACCCUGCUGCGAUCACCUCGACAACGAAUCCUUCAUCCUCUCUAAUGGCGAGCGAGAUGAGGGGCUCCUUAGCGAACCCGCCGGCACCCCGAUUGGUAUCUGUGGACCACGCUACUCCAAGAACGCACGAUUUUCAUCUCUCAACGGCCAUGCGCCAGAGACAAGUGUCCAUGAUCCGAUCAUGUGCGCAGAGUAUACCGGACAACGCCAAGGCCAAGCAACGACAGCUACUCAUGGAUAAUCUUUGCCUAUGGGCCGCCACUCUGAGCCUACCUGGCCAAGUCAUUGAGGCGCGGCGAGGCACCGGCAUUGGUACCGCGCACUUUCGCUUCAGGUUACACUCUCAGGCACGAUAUGUGAAGCCGAACAUCAACCGACACUUUGCGGAUAAUCUCCCCCUGACAGGCCCUUAUCUCUUCGGCAAAAUUGUCACCCGCACCCUCCUCCGUAUGAGGAAUACCUUUGCCUUUGGUCAUGGCAGCGUGCACAAACGCUACGUCUCCAUUCUGAGCCAUCCCACCCUGAAGGGAUUGCGUCUGCCGAUCCACCAGCGUAACUCGUGGUCGAAGCCCGUCUUCAUACAGAAACAGAUCAAGACCCGCCGGCUCCUUUUAGCAGCGCCCUGGGCGUCCUUGGCGGUCAAUCUGCCUGCACAGGAAACGUCAAUGCGGGUCCAUAUUGAUGGGCACGAUGCCAAGUGGGGCAUGUGCACUAUUGCCAGCGCUGGACAUUACACUGGCGGAGCGCUACAAAUAUUGCCCGCUGGUGUUGUCAUCCACACUAGACCAAUUCUCGAUACGGUGUGCUUUCCUUCGGCGAUGCUUCAGCAUUCCAAUAAACCUGUCCGCGGCUUUCGCAUGUCAAUGAUCGGAUUCACCAGUGAGGAUCUUCUCAAACAUUACGCGACACUGCCGGAACUAAGCGACUAUCCAGUCUGGCCUCGGCAAUUCUGGGUGUAG